AUGUCCGAGUCUGCCCCACCACGCAAAGCGGGAUGGCUGGACAGCGACAAGGACUUUCACCAGUUCGUGAGCCGCAUGGUCCAGGGUGCAGUGUUGCGGGAGUACUCGGAUGAGCAGCUAUGGUCGGUUAUUUCCAACCGAGCAGCCCGUCAUCGGCUCUCUUUGCUGCAGAAAUGUCGGGGCAAAGAAGGUCGGCUUGAUGUCACCUGCUUCUGUAGGGAGGCAUGUGGCCCGGAGUACAUGCAGCUGGCGACCUGCGUCCGCUCCAGUAAGUCGCUGGAUGCAGGGCCGGAGCUGUGCCAAGACCAGGUGGCGGCCCUGACGGGCUGCGUGCGCGCGGAGUGGAAGGCCUUCCUCAUGGCGUCCUCGCCGAGCCUGAAGCCGGAUGCUCUGGAACGGAUCGAGAAGAUCGUGCAGAUCCCGGGGUGA